CCGCCGCCGUCAGUUGUUGUCGAUAAGUGCGUGCGUGCACGUACGGUACGUGCACCUGUUCCGAUUCGUUCGCGAUUGUUUUCGUCGUCGGUCGCGCGGAAAUUUCAACGAACAACAACCAGGCCUCAGCUCGGUUUCGCCGCAGUCGUCCGCGCUGGUAACCGAAUACGUUUCCCCGUGUCGCCGAAGACCGUCGUGCGCGCGCGCGAACCGGACUGCCGACACGACAACGCCGCGGAAACAGGUGCGAAGUGUGUUUCGACACAACGAGCGCGCGCACACGCUCACGCACGCACGCACGCACGCACGCACGCACGCACGUACGUACGUACGCAAGCGCAUUAUCAGUCGCAGCCGACCUGCCUACAUACAUUAGUCCUUAUUUAGCGCUGCUGGCCGUCCGAAGGCCCUGGCUUUACUGGUGCGAUUGUUUUUCUCGUUUACUCGUUGUUUUAUCUUGUUAUUCUUUCGCCGUUUGUUUUUGAUCCGCCGUUGCGAAAUCACCGUCGUCGUCUACACGGACCAUACCAGCGCAACGGUCAGGCCAGGUCUCGCCUCGCCCUUCAACUAUACGUUAGUACCUGUUCUUUUUUUGUCCGUUCCGCGAGCGAGCGAAAAUCUCGGAUUACUGUAGGGACUGCCGUCGUCUAGACGUGGCUAUAGGUUUUGAGGGAUGUUAUUUUUCAACAGACCACUAUAGAUUACCGUGUUUUCAUCCAAACUUUUUCACCACAUUACUGUGAAGUAUGUCAAGUCAAAGAUUAUGCUAUAUUACCUACAAAUUGAUACUUUAGUAUUCCUAAAAACACCAAAAAUUAAUAAAAAAAAUCAAAUUAUUUCUAUGUCAAGUUGAUAAUGACCAUUUGACAAAAUGGAAAACAUACCGCCACUGAAUCAACCCAGUAAGCUUAUUCGACCACCAAGUUUGAAACGAGGUCGAUCUGGGGAUUCACAAGGUGGCAAAAUCAAACUUGAAAGAGUUAUUGGUUUGACUGUUUCAACAAAUUCAUCCUUGGAUGUUGAUAAUAAUACUGGAACUAUUGCUUAUCCAGCUGGAUGUACUGUUGUAUUUCACAAUCCAAUUUUGGGUUCAGAAACACAUUUGUCAAAUAUUUGUAGAAAAUCUAUUACAUGUUUAAAUUUUUCAUCUGAUGGGCGAUACCUAAGUACAGGAGAAUGUGGCCAUCAAUCAAAUGUAAGGGUUUGGGAUAUGACCGACUUUAGCCAAAUAGCUGAAUUUCCUGGCCAUAAAUAUGGGAUAAAUUGUGUGGCCUUUUCUCCCAAUCAAAAAUAUUUAGUUUCUGUAGGAUCACAACAUGACAUGAUAGUAAAUGUUUGGGAGUGGAAAUCAAAUUUAAAAUAUGCAUCUAAUAAAGUUUCUGCUAAAAUCAAAGCUAUUGCAUUCUCGGAUAAUGGUAAUUUCAUAACUAUUGGCAACAGACAUGUAAAAUUUUGGUAUUUACAAUCUUCCAGAUCAGUUACAUACAAAGAACCAAUACCAUUAAUGGGUCGGUCAGCUAUUUUAGGAGAGCAAAGAAAUAAUGAUUUUAUUGAUGUUUGUUGCGGUCAUGGUGAGCUUAAAGAUUACACUUAUGCAAUAACCAAAUCUGGAUUAUUAUGUGAAUUUAAUAAUCGUAGACUGUUAGAUAGAUGGGUUGAAUUAAAAACGACUAGUGCCAAUUGUAUGGCUAUUGGUAAACAUUUAAUUUUUGUGGGAUGUGCUGAAGGUAUUGUAAGAUGUUUCAACCCAGGAACUCUUCAAUUUGUAACUACAUUACCUCGAACUCAUUAUUUAGGGGUUGAUGUUGCUCAAGGACAUGACAUAAGUCAUAUGGCAAAUAUUCCUGCGAACGCUAAGUAUCCUGAUGCAAUAGCUCUUGCUUAUGAUGAAACUAGUAUGAAACUCACGUGUGUUUAUAAUGAUCACAGUUUAUAUGUUUGGGAUGUUAAAGAUAUUAAAAGGGUGGGAAAGUCCAAUUCAUUUCUAUUCCACUCAGCGUGUAUUUGGGGUGUUGAAAUGUAUCCUACAUUAGAACAAGAUUUACAAAUACCUAAAAACUCAUUUAUAACAUGUUCAAGUGAUGAUACUAUUAGAGUGUGGAACAUUGACAGAAUAGAAUGUGAUAAAAAAUCUUUAUAUCAAAAGAAUAUCUACAGCAAUGAACUUCUUAAAAUAAUUUACAUAGAUCAAGAACUAAACUUUAUUAAAAAUACAGAGUUAAAUUUAGUUGAUAAAAGUGAUUCAUCAUCAUAUGAUGGCCGGAAUGGUGUUCGAGCUAUACGAAUUAGUCCUGAUGGUUUGCAUCUUGCAUCUGGUGAUCGUUCUGGUAACAUUAGGGUUCAUGAUUUAAAGACUUUGCGAGAAGUUUGUUUAAUUGAAGCUCAUGAUGCUGAAGUUUUGUAUUUAGAUUACACUAAGUUCAAUGAUAAAAUCAAACUAUUUGCUUCAGCCUCAAGGGAUAGACUCAUACAUGUGUUUAAUGUUAAUAAAGGAUAUGAUUUUACCCAAACACUGGAUGAUCAUUCUUCGUCUAUUACUGCUGUUCGUUUUAUAAGCUCUCAGAAUAAACUUCAAAUGGUUUCUUGUGGAGCAGAUAAAUCAAUUAUAUUUCGAAAUUAUAAUGAGUUGGCUGAUAAAAAUCAAGGAAGUUUUGUACACGAUCAUUAUGUUUCUGGAAGAACAACAUUUUAUGAUAUGGAAGUAGAUCCUAAACAGAAACAUAUAAUGACUGCAUGUCAAGAUCGUAAUAUUAGAGUAUAUAAUACAAUAUCAGGAAAACAUACUAAGACAUUUAAAGGAUCUGUUGGAGAUGAAGGCUCUCUUAUUAAGGUAGUAAUAGAUAGAAGUGGGUCUUUCAUUGCUACUAGCUGUACAGAUAAAACUCUCUGUGUUUAUGACUAUAUUGGUGGGGAAUGUUUAGCUACUAUGUAUGGUCAUUCUGAAUUGGUAACUGGGUUAAGGUUCACUAAUGAUAGUAGACAUUUAAUAUCAGCAAGUGGAGAUGGUUGUAUAUUUGUUUGGCGUAUGCCAUCAGACAUGGUUAAACAUGCUUAUUCUAGUAAACAAAAAACCCGAAUUGAAAGGCCUGUCUCCUUUGGAAAUAUUGAAAAUGAUGGUGUAUCGUUUGUAGAUAAAAUAGUUGAAGAAAAUGAGACAAAUGCAUUUAGUAUUCCUGUAGAUGGCCAAUUACCAUUGUGGGCUAAAAACCAAAUAUCAGAUGAUAUUUCUACCAAUACAUUAUUAAAUACAUCUCAUAAUCAAAUAAAUGCUCCUAAAGGACAAUGGGCUCAAAGGGCGACUAGUUCAUCAGAACCUAGUAGUAUAUUACAGUUGCCUAUCAAUAAAGAUGAUUCUGAUUGUUUUAAAGAUGACAGUUCUGUAGAUAGUGGUACUGAAACUAGUAGAUCAAUUUACCCUGAAAGCCAUAAAGAAUCUUUAAUAGUUCCAAAAAAGACAUUGCGCAUACCACCUGUAUUUGUAUCUCAUGAUUUUGAAGAACAUUCAGUUGCUCAUUCAACUUCUGAAAAAAUCAAUUCUCAAAAUAUAUCAGAUAUACAGCGCAUUCGUAACUUAACAGAUGAUAGUUCUUUAGGCAGCUUUAAAAAUGAGGAGUUAGAAAGUAAUGAUCAUGAUGGUGACGUAGAAGAUUCUGAAAGUGAAUGGAUUGGCAAUGAAAAAAUUAAAAAUGUUGUUCUAUAUUAUCCAUCUAAUACUGAUGAUCUAAUCAAUGACUACACCAUUACAAAGUUGGAUUCGGAUGCUCUGCGUAUGUCUCAAAGAAAAGCUAAAGCUGUUAAACAAAAAGAUCGUCUAACGCCAGGGCUCGCUGAUUUAUCCAGUCAUUCUAUGUCUGGUAGUCAAUGUAGUGAUGAUGACGAUGAUGAAAACUCAAAUCCUAGUGUUGACCAUUCAGACAAAAAUUCAACUAGGUUAUCAAAUAGUAAUGAAAGAUUAGAUAUGAUUGAUAAACGUGAACAGUUCUUAAAAAAUACAUUCGAAUCACUCGGAGGAAGUGACACAGAUUUCCAGGAUAAUAAAUACAAUUUUCCAACUAAAAGAAGUAUAUCCUCGAAGUAUAAAGGAAUUAAUAAUGGUUCUAAUUUACCACAAAAUAAAACAGUUGAAGCUCAAAGUAAAAGAGAAGAACUUCAGCAGAGAAUCGAAGAAACUAGAAGAACAUUACAGAAUUUGGGAACUAGUUCAAAUUUAAAAUCUAGUCAAAGUAUAUGUGAUUUAAGUAGAGGUUACGGAAAAUCUUCUAAAUUACCAGUUCGAAACCAAUUAUUAAUUAAUAAACAAUCAAACGGAACUGGAACAAUACGCAGGGUAUGUUCUUUAGUAGAUUUGUCAUCAACUACUCCGAUAAAAGAUAGUGAACCAUAUGGAUUAUUUAAUGGUGAUGGUUUGGAUAGUUCAAAAUCAAUGUCUAAAAGUUCGUCAAAAAAAAUUCCUAUUAGCAAUAUGCACAGAAGUAGUUCAGUUAAUGUAUUGAAUCAAAGUGAUUCUGAGAGUGAUGCCAGUCAAUCUACAAAUGGAGGAAUUAAAAAUGCAACAUCUGUUAGAGUCAUGAGACCAACCAUAUCUUCCCAAAAUAAAAUAAUUAUAAAUAAAUCAAAUCUUUUACGCCGGAGAAGCACAAAUUCUUCACAAUCUACAACUGCUCUUAAUAUUGUGGGACAUAAUGAAGAUUCUAGUUCAGAAGAAUUUUUCACAUCAUUACAUUAUAAAACUAAUCAAACAUUACAAUCCAGAAUAAAUCCAGUAGAUAAAUCAAGGCGAAACACAUCUUCAUUGACACGAAGUGUUAGUGAAAUGAAUUUAAAGAGUCCAUCAAGUAAACCAUUUGAAAAGUCGAGAAAUCGUAGUAAUGAUUUGACUGUUAAAUCAAAAAAUUCUGGAACAAUUGGUCAACAAAAAAAUUUAAAAAAUUAUUUAUCUUUGAUGGCUGAUCAACUAUUCACGACUACUGACAAAAUUUUGGAACAUACAAACUGUAUUAAUGUCAGUGAUAGGCGUAUCACCAAAGGGGAUUUAAAUGAUGUAAUGAACAAAUUAGAACAAAUUGUUGACAAUGGAGGUAUUUUUACACAUCAAAAUUCAAGAGUUGCACUUAACAGUACUCAACAAUAUUUAGAUAUUCUUAUUGAUCUGAUAAAAAAACGUUUAUCAAUUGAACACGUUUAA